AUGGCUGUUUGUGUCGCUGUUAUUGGAAAAGAUAAUUCUCCAUUAUAUAUUGGUGGCGUGGGCAAUGAUACAAAUACCGAUAAUGAACUCUCUAGGCAGUGGCUCGUUCAUACAGCUCUUGACGCUUUAGAGGAACGAUUAGCAACUAACAAUACCAACACUGCAAAUUCUGCGUCGAAUUCCUCACGCACUGAUCUACGGGAUUUGUAUCUUGGAUUACUAUACUCAACAGAUACUCAUAAAAUCUAUGGAUAUGUAACCAAUACGAGGAUAAAACUUGUGCUUGUAACAAGUUCCACAUCCCCUAGCGGUAGUAACAUAAGAGAUGCAGAAGUUCGGACUGCUUUGCGGAGAUUACAUGCCUUGUAUGCCGAUGCAAUUUGUAAUCCGUUUCAUUUGCCUGGGGAUCAAAUAACUUCAUUGAAAUUUGAUAAACAAGUGAAAAACUUGCUGCUUAAUAAUGUUUAG